CACUAGCACAUACAAGAUGAACAUGAAACUUCAAGCUGUCCUGUGCUCAGUGUUCUUCAUCUUCGUGGUGCCAAACUUUUCAGUUGGUUAUGAUCCUGCUGAAGGGGAGAGGUUCAAAGCUUAUCUGUAUACCGCUGUCGAUACCUUCAGAAUCCUUGAUCAAAAAGCCGAUGUAUUGAAAGAACGCAUCCGAUCAGUAUAUCAAAUUGGAGAGGAUGGCGAUAUUUCAAAAUGUCAAGCAAUCCCACAAAUGGCUACUAUUCCAGAUGAAGAAGUGUAUGAAGGCAUGAGUGAAAAUAACAAUGAUGUGGAUAGAUUAGAUGAACAACUUCAAGGAAUCUACAUCAAUGCUGAUGCACCAUCCAAUUUGAGAAGAGUAUACGAAUUCAUGAUCAAUUAUCCACACAAUGCCAAAAUCCCAUCAGAGGCCUACACUACCGGAUGUCUUUUGGGAGGCUUACCAAAACCUCAGAAAUUGAAUUCUGACACAUGCCAAUGUUUCGCUGCCGCUCGUAAAUCAAUUGACAAAGUUCAAGGAUUUCACAAGCAAUACCUCAAAACGAUAUCAGCAUAUCUACCACACCUGUAAAUGGAUUUCCACUGAAUAUUUGUAAUGUUGAAUGUAAAGUAAACUUUUGUAAAAUUGAAAAUAAAUAAAACUGUGAAAUGAA